CGUACUCCUUCACAAGCUCCUGCCCACUGCUGUCCCUCACCACGAUGCCGCGAUUCUACCACGACGACCCGGCGUGGUCAGAUGUUGAGCCGAUUGCCCAGGAUGACGGUGGCCCCAACCCUCUCGCCGCAAUUGCAUACACAGACGAGUACAGCGAGGCCAUGGGCUAUCUGCGCGCUGUCAUGGCGAACAACGAAUACAGUGAGAGGGUGUUGAGCCUGACGGAGCACAUCAUAACCAUGAAUCCCGCGCAUUACACUGUGUGGCUGUAUCGCGCUAGGGCCCUCGAACAAACGGACACUUCGCUAGCCGACGAGAUUGCCUGGUUGAACCCGACCGCCCUCAUGCACCUCAAAAACUACCAGAUCUGGCACCACCGCCAGACCAUCAUAGACAGGCUCGGCUCUCCGGACGGCGAGGCCGACUUCAUAGCUACCAUGCUCGGGCAAGACUCCAAGAACUACCAUGUCUGGAGCUAUCGCCAGUGGCUGGUGAAGCGCUUUGGCAUCUUUGAUGACAAGGAGUUGGCCUGGACCGAGAGCAUGAUUGAGGAAGAUGUAAGGAAUAAUUCAGCCUGGAAUCACCGCUGGUUUCUUGUUGUCGGUGGUCGGGGUGGGCAGGGCGUGAGCGAGGACAUUGUGAAGAGGGAAAUCGAAUAUGCCCAGACCGCCAUCCGCAAAGCCCCCCAGAACGAAAGCCCUUGGAACUACCUUCGCGGCAUCAUCCGGCACGCUAAACUCCCCACCUCGACUGUGAAAUCUUUCAUACUCGCGUUUGCAGACUUGGAGAAACCGGAUGAGGUGUACUCUAGCCACGCCCUGGAUUUACUGGCUGAUAUUUACAUAGAAGAGAACAAAAAAGACAAGGCCAUGAAGGUUUUGGAUCUCUUAGCAAACAAGUAUGAUCCAAUCAGGGCACAUUAUUGGAACUACAGGAAGGGUCUGCUCGAGGAAACGGGAGCUGUAGGCUAGUUGGUGAGACUAGGGGCAUAGGAUGUAGACGCAUUGAUACCCAGGCCGGCGUUUGUUCCUUAGUAGAGAUUGCUGCGAACAUCUUGGUUGCCUAUUCAAUCGCAUCAACCGGCGCAAUAGAAGAUGGAAUGACGUUGUCCAGUUUGUUUCUUUCGAUAGGGAUGAGAUCCUCAAAAGUUGUUUCA